ACGUCGAGGAAUGAUGCUGCGGUGACUCCGCUGCAGUUGAUGGUGACCAUUCCGGGGUUAUUCCGAAGCCAAACGAAUCUUGGGACCUUCGAGGCCGUAAUUUAUAAGCUGAUUCCAUACGAAGAGGACUCCAGCAAGCCACGUGUAGUAGAUGAAGAGCAACCUACGGACUCGAGCGCUGGUGAAGGAGGUGCAAAAUAUGUCAAGCGAAAAGUUGGGUCUCUUCUGUCCCCCAAAACGUUUCGUUCGAAAUUCCCAUCUCACUACAGCAGUCUCUUUGACCUGUUGGAAUUGAUGUUCAUCCCAGCCAGAUGGGUUCAUUUGUUGCUUUUCCACAUUCUAAAGCAAUUGUUCCCUAUGAUCGAACGUCUGGAGAAGCAAAAGAAAACCCACAAGGAAACCUUGGAACUGAUCGAGUUCUUAGCCUAUCAUCCAGACCACAUGGAGUUCUAUUCCAAGGGAAGACGAAAGGGCAAGGAGAAAAGUCCUCUUGCAGGAGACAACACCACUUCUGGAACAGAACAGUCUCCUCCGUCCACAGACGCCGGUGAAGGCCAAGGAGUAAAUGGAGGAGGGAACCGAGAUAAAGCCAUUGUUAGGCUUGCGGAAAAGCUAUUUAUGUAUAUGUCGCACAAGGAUGCCAAUCACGAAGCAGCAGCAGCAAAAGAUCUCCAGAAGAGCAUGAAGGAGGCGAUGGAGGAACUGUCCGGUGAAUCCACAAUUAGAAGAUGGGACGAGCCGCCCCUGAUCUUGGGUGCACAAAUGGGUCUUCCUGAGUUCGUCAGGUCGAUCUUGCUAGUACGUCCGCAGGCAGCAGCAUACCUGGACACCAAGGGGAGAAGCGUUCUCCAAGUCGCAGUCAUGUAUCGUCGCGAGGAGAUUGUCAAGAUCAUAAUGGACAUGAGAACCAUUUUACCAUCCUGGUUAUUUUCCGAAAUCGAACCCAAAACCGGGAACACCAUCCUGCAUCUUGCUUCAGAUGGAAGCCCUGAUGUAGCAAAGAAAAAGCAAGAUGAACCAGAUUCAAUGGAACUGCAUUACGAUUUAGUAUGGUUUGAGGUAAAGUUGCUAAACCUUUUUUGGCCCCCCUCCUCCAAUUCUUUGACAUGCUUCUCAAAAGUAUUAUCCGUUCAAUUCUUUGACAUGCAUUCUUCGGUGUCGGUUGUGGGUUAUUCGCGCAUAAUACAAAAUAACCAACAAAUACACAAAUAA